AACCUUACACAUUAAUAUGUUAAAAUUACUAAUUUUGUGUUUGUGUUGUGUAUUGACAUUGUCAGAAAAAGUUCGUUAUGAUAAUUACACAUUGUACAAUGUACAACCGGCAACAAAAGAACAUUUACAGUAUUUAAAGGAACUGUAUAAAGCGAAUGAAUUGCUUGAUUUCUGGAGUGUACCUACGACAGUUGAAAAUCAUGUCAGUGUUGUUUCUCAACCGAAAUGUAGGGAAGAAUUUGAAAAAGCACUCGAGAAACAUGGAAUCAGUUAUAAUAUUGUAUUGGAAGAUAUUCAAAGAGUAUUUGAUGACCAAGCACGGAGUAGAAGGAAACGUGACCAUGGAAUGUAUUGGACCAACUAUCAAACUAUAGAUGAAAUUUACGAAUGGUUACACGAGCUUGCAAGAACUCAUAAUAAUGUUGUUACUUUGAUUGAAGCUGGAAAAACACACGAAGGUAGAAAUAUAACUGGGGUUAGAAUAUCACGUCGUUCUGGAAGAAAGGCUUUCUUUAUCGAUGGCGGUCAGGUCGGCGCGGAUUGGCUAUCACCUACAGUUGUCACGUAUUUAAUAAAUCAGUUGGUGACCGGAGAUGAUCCUGAAGCUAGAUCGGCGUCUGAGGAUUUCGAAUGGCAUAUCUUCCCGAUUGUGAAUCCUGAUGGACACCAAUUCUCUCAAGAUUCUGUAAGACUUUGGAUGAAAAAUCGUAGACCUACACGUAGUUCUGCUAUAGGAGUUGAUCUAUCUAAAAACUGGAAUUCACAAUGGGCUGUAAGCGGAGGCAGCUUCAAUCCCUCUGAUAGUAAUUACGUAGGUCUAGGCCCGUUCUCCGAGCCUGAGACGAGAUAUGUAUCUCGUUAUAUUGAUACAAUAGGUACCAAUCUUGCCGGAUUAUUGUCCUUUAGAGCAUUUGGUCAAAGGCUACUGAUACCAUUCGCCCACACCACAGAUCCAAUGUACAACUAUCGGGAUAUGUUGACGAUUGGUAGACGAGCUAUGGGAUCAUUAGCUGUUAAGUACAAUACACAGUAUCUUGUAGGAACAUCGAAGGAAGUGCAUGAUGGUUCUACCGGAACUAUCGCUGAUUGGGUAAAACACCGCUUCAACCCACCUGUUGUGGCGACAUACCAGCUGAGGGAUAGAUCAUGGGGCUACACGUUACCUGUGAACCAAGUUCUACCUUCAUGUGAAGAAACAUACGAUUCCGUUAUGGCUAUAAUCAGAGAGGCCAAGUUUUUAAAUGUAUUAUAGAGAGUCGAAAUAUCAAAGCCUUUAAAAAAUAAAUAUUUUAAGUAUCUGUAUUUUA